AUUUUACUUCCGCUCGGUCUAUGUGGACUGAUGAAAUGUAGGAAAUCUGUUUCUGGCAGGGGGGAAAAAUCGUUUUCCCAAACGGCACCGAGAGGAGCCAUCAGAGAAGUAUGAAGAGGGGCAGGGCGGCUGUAGCUGCUGCCGAGCUGCCGGGGUGCGGAGCACGGCUGCUGCAGGACCUGCGCCGGGAGGGGGCCGACCCCAAGACGCUGCGCGAGCGGAGCCGGGAGCCCCGGCGCCUCUGAGAGCCGCCAGCAGCCAGCUCCGGACGCCGGGGAUUACAAGUGGAUAAAUAAUGUGCACUGCUCUGAGCCCAAAGGUACGCAGUGGACCUGGCCUCUCGGAUAUGCAUCAGUAUAGCCAAUGGCUGGCGAGCAGACAUGAAGCUAACUUGCUACCGAUGAAGGAAGAUCUGGCCUUGUGGUUAACCAAUCUAUUAGGGAAGGAGAUUACAGCAGAAACUUUUAUGGAAAAAUUGGAUAAUGGUGCCUUGCUCUGUCAACUUGCAGAAACUAUGCAGGAGAAAUUCAAAGAGGGCAUGGAUGCUAACAAGCCUCCAAAGAAUCUGCCCUUGAAGAAGAUUCCAUGCAAAGCCACUGCACCCUCAGGCUCCUUUUUUGCCCGAGACAAUACAGCAAAUUUCUUAUCCUGGUGCCGAGAUUUAGGGGUAGAUGAAACGUGUCUAUUUGAAUCGGAAGGUUUGGUUCUCCACAAGCAACCCAGAGAAGUGUGUCUCUGUUUGCUAGAGCUUGGCCGGAUUGCAGCCAGGUAUGGUGUGGAACCUCCUGGAUUGAUAAAAUUGGAAAAAGAGAUUGAACAAGAAGAAACACUUUCUGCUCCUUCUCCUUCACCUUCUCCUUCAUCAAAAUCUUCUGGAAAAAAGAGUACGGGAAACUUACUGGAUGAUGCAGUGAAGCGAAUUUCUGAAGAUCCUCCUUGCAAAUGCCCAAACAAGUUCUGUGUGGAGAGGCUCUCUCAAGGGAGAUACCGAGUGGGAGAAAAGAUCCUCUUCAUUAGGAUGCUGCAUAACAAACAUGUCAUGGUCCGUGUGGGAGGAGGAUGGGAAACGUUUGCAGGGUAUUUGUUGAAACACGACCCCUGCCGGAUGCUGCAGAUCUCCCGUGUGGAUGGCAAAACAUCCCCCAUCCAGAGCAAAUCUCCAACCCUUAAGGACAUGAAUCCGGAUAAUUACCUGGUGGUCUCUGCCAAUUAUAAGGCUAAGAAGGAGAUUAAAUGAAAGUAGUUGGUCGCUACAAGGGGACUUUCAUAAUGGCCUGUACCCACUUCUCCAGUGUAGCCAGUUUAGUUCACAUGCUCUGAAAAUUACUUUGGAAAAAGGUGUUGACAGACAGAAAAAUGUCGUUAUCAUUGAAAAGCGUUCAGAGAGUAGCACUAUUUAUUUUGAUGCUUCUGUAGAAAAUGACCAAUUAAAAGAAAUUCUAAACUCAGAUCUAAAUUAGAAAAAGUGUAGGCAAAUUGUUAUUUCUCAAUAUGUGAACACAGUAUUUAGUACAUUAUUAGAAAUACAAUUCUAGCUAGAGAUAAAAACUGCUCUUAGAAGAAAAUAUUUAGGAUUUCUACCAUCAGUCAACAGGAAGUGCCUGCCUUAUGUCUACAAAAAGCACCCCAGACACUUUUAUAAUUGCAGGAUUUUUAAGCUAAUUUUUUUAAAAAGUGACAAUUAGUGUGAUAAUGUGCUACUAAAAAAUAUUCAACAGCACUAUAAAUAAGUACAGAGCAUUCACAACAAUGCUUUACUGGAAAGGCCACUUCAGAAAAGUUUACAUUCGCUUGGAAGAUUGCCUUAAAGUUUAUUCCUUAUCUAUGACCAAAUAUCUGGGGUACUUUUGGAAGUUUUCAGUACACCCCUUAGAGAAUUGCUCAUGAAGUGUUUCACACAUUCCUUAGCACAUGGCUGUGUUGAGACUGACUUAGUAUAAUUCACACACAUAAGCUGACAUACAUUUAUAUUUUGACAGAGGAAAUUGUACAAAUGUUCAUUGACUUCAUGUUAUUUUAAAGCAUUUUCAUAUGAAAAUAUAUCUUUAGUUAAUCCUACUUUGCUAUGCUGUCUAGUAAAGUAAAUUCACUGUAGCCGAUGAUGUUACAGACUUACAUAUACCCUUGUAUACCUAGGACAGGGCUGUUUUGUACCCAUAAACAGCAAACUAUUGUCCUCACUGAUUCAAGAAUUAAAAAGAUAAAUUAAAAAAUAUUAUCUGUCUCUAUAUCAAUGCUUCAUUCUCAGAUAAAGAUCAUCUUCAAAUGGCAA